AUGCCCGCUUUCAAGGGACGGUCCCGUGGUCUUUCCAACGUCACUGAAUCUGAUACAUCCGCGGCGAAUGGGCGUACUCGCAAAAGCAUGCCGAAUAUCUUUGGGAGCAGUGGCGGCGGUUCUGGGAUGGCUUCACUGAGCGUGCCUGGCUCCCCGACGCGCGAGUCCAAGACGCCGCCGUUCCGCUCGCCGCGGCGCACGCCCGAGCCCGAGCCGAAGAGCUUUAAACCUGCCUCGGGCCACCCUGGCAACCUCUCGAGCGAGCAGCAAAAAGCGCUAGACACGCUGCGCCAGUCCUUGCUGGACGCGAAGGUGAUUGAGAAGUCUGAGGACGCACCACCGCACCAGGAAGUGCAGCUACUGCGUUUCCUGCGUGCGCGUAGCUUUGAUGUGAAUGCUGCCCGCGAAAUGUACCUUCGGGCGGAGAAGUGGAAGAGCUCGGUGAAUCUGGACCAGCUGUGCACCGAGUGGUCCUUUGAGGAGCGCGACGUGGUGGCGAAGCAUGGCUGGCGCAUGUACUUCCACAAGACCGACCGCCUCGGCCGUCCCAUCUUUAUCCAGGACCUGUCCAACUUGGAUCCCGACAAGGUCUUUUCGCAUACUUCGCCCGACCGCAUCGUGCAAAACUUUGCCGUGACGCUAGAGGAGGCGGUGCGUUAUCGGUACCUCGCAUGCACUAUGAGUCAGGGGCACCUUGUGGACGACAACUUUAUGGUGCUCAACGUCGCAGGCCUCGGCCUUGGCACCUUUUGGGCGAUGAAAAACCAGCUGCAGAGCCUGCUCAGCAUUCUGGACGACAACUUCCCCGAGCUUUCGGGACGCGUGCAAAUCAUCAACGCGCCUUAUCUUUUUUCUACCGUUUGGUCCUACAUCAAGGGCUGGCUCCCUGCACAAACCGCCGAGAAGAUCGACAUCUGCGGCACCGACUAUCUCCCUACCAUCUCCAAUUAUGUCGACAUGCACGCCUGGCCGAAGCACCUGGGUGGCCACUGCGUCUGCGACGUGGCCCCAGAGAGCACGCGCAAGGCAUGCGAAGUGAGCGACGCUGGCCCAUGGGAGCCCGCGCUGUGCUCUGUGCGCGCCAAGAACAAGGAGACGUAG